AUGUCUACUGGGCCCAUCGAUAUCGUGGCUUGGCAGCGGGCGCAUGCCGAGCGCUGUUGUCAAUUGGCAGCGGCGUGCGUCGUGGUCUAUGAGUAUGGUUUGCAACUUGACAAGGAGGUUGAUUACUUUUGGCGGAGAAAGUGGUCCGUUGGCAAGGUCAUAUUCCUCUGGAGCCGGUACUUCACCAUAGCCUUCGUUGUCGGGAACGCGUCAGUAUUCUUGAAUCCCCAUCCGAGUGAAGAGGUACAUGCAAUGCUAUCUAUGGUGAAACAUGGCUGA